AUGCAUAAUCAGGUCGCCUUAUCCCUAAAAUCCAAUUAUGCCCUCUUUUCUCCCUCCCCAGCUAAAACCCACCAAAGCCCUAGAUCAUCUCCUUCCGUGGCGAGGGGGGAUUUCUGUCACAACUGGGUCUUGAAAUGUAGAGGGACCGAGAUCCCUGCCGCCAAGCAGCACCUUAAUUCGCCGAGCUUCAGCCGUGGGUCGGUGGUUGAUGACCGGAGUACGUCCGCGGGAGUUAAAGAUGUUGACGUGGCUACAAUCGGGAACCUCUGCGUUGAUAUUGUGCUCAGCGUCCCGAAACUGCCCCCGAAGUCAUUGGAUGAGCGCAAGUCGUACAUGGAAGAAUUGUCCAAGUCGCCUCCGGAUAAGGAAUUCUGGGAAGCUGGUGGUAAUAGCAAUAUGGCCAUAGCUGCAGCUAGAUUGGGGCUUCGGGUUGUCUCGAUUGGCCAUGUUGGUUCCGAAAUCUAUGGCCGUUUUCUCUUAGAUGUGCUUAAUGAAGAAGGAAUUGGAAUGGUUGAAAUGGAUGAGCAUAAGCUGCAAAAUGAUGUAAUCGAGACUUUAUCCACAUCUUACGAAACCCUUCUGUGCUGGGUUUUGGUGGACCCUCUGCAAAGGCAUGGCUUUUGUAGCCGUUCAGAUUUCAGUGAAGAGCCUGCAUUUAGUUGGAUGAACUCACUUUCCAUUGAGGCCAAGAUGGCUAUAAGAAGGUCAAAAAUCAUUUUCUGCAACGGUUAUGGAUUUGAUGAGCUGUCACCUAAAUUGCUCAUGUAUGUUUUGGAUUAUGCUGUUGAAGUGGGGACGUCUGUCUUUUUCGAUCCUGGCCCACGAGGGAAGUCGCUGAUUAAUGGAACACCUGAAGAACGAAAAGCCCUCGACAAGUACCUGAGGAUGAGUGAUGUUCUUCUUUUGACUUCUGAAGAGGCUGAAUCGUUAACACAAACAGAGGACCCGAUAUUAGCGGGCCAAGAGUUGCUCAGGAAAGGAAUUCGCACAAAGUGGGUGAUCAUUAAAAUGGGCCCAAAAGGUUCUAUUCUGAUCACCCCUUCUAGUAUAUCUUGUGCCCCUGGGUUUAAGGUGAAUGUCAUGGACACUGUUGGAUGUGGGGACAGUUUUGUGGCAGCUAUUGCAUUUGGAUUCAUACACAAAUUGCCACUCGUGUACACGCUAACUAUUGCAAAUGCUGUGGGGGCAGCAACUGCUAUGGGGUGUGGUGCUGGUAGGAAUGUCGCGCAUCUGAACCAGGUUAAGGAGCUUUUGAGAGGAUCGAAUCUCGAUGAGGACGAAAAGUUUUGGGAGAAUAUGCUUAAAGAACAUUUGGAUGACCUGGAAACUAUGGUACUCACAAAAGCUUCUGUAAAUAGAUUCAAUAACCACCGGCUCAGCCGCGCGUCCUUGCAGAAAGUGGUUUGUGAACUGCUACCGAGGCUCGAGCAUGCACACGCAAAUCAGGUUGGUGCAUGUUGA